AUGCUAGUCAAAUCAUAUUCCGAAUCAAAAUAUCCAACUUCAAUUAUUCAUAUCGAAGCUGAAAAACUCAUCGAGAACGAUCCAUCGUUGAAUCCGUUAUUCAUUUGGAUCCCUGGUAACCCUGGAAUCCUACAGUAUUAUCAACAAUUUUUAUGUUCCUUGCAUAAGAAACAUCCUCAUUGGGAAAUUCUUGCGAUACCUCAUGCCGGGAUGGAUACCUCUUUACCCGUCUAUAGACACCCGAACGAUAGAAUCUAUCACUUGAAUGAACAAAUUGAACAUAAGAUUGAAGUCAUUACUACGUUCUUAACCAAAGCUAAUAGCUCCGAUGGUAUUAUGAAAAAAAGACCUCUGGUGAUAAUGGGACAUUCCGUGGGCACCUAUAUGAUACAACGAAUGGUCUUGACUAAGGAGUUCCAAGAUACAAUUUUACAUAAUAGCUUUUAUUUGAAAAAAAUUGGGUUCAUUACUCCUACUAUUAUUGAUAUUAAUCUUUCUUCAAAAGGUAUUUUAAUAAGUCAUGGUUUACAACUUACACAUGGGUAUUUACCUUACAUUUUAUCAUAUUUGUCAUAUUUUGUGUUCAGUUUGAUACUAAAAUAUUUUGAUAACAUACGACGUAGGUUAAUUGCUUAUAUUAUGGGGUGUCAGAUGACAGAUUUUGCUGCAAUUGGUACUGAAAUACUUUUAACUAAUAGUGUGCUUGUAAAGCAAUCCCUAGGUUUAGCUAGUAUUGAAAUGCAAGAGAUUAGGAAGAAUUGGGAUGUUCAAAAACAAUUUGUCGAAAAUUGUAACCACAAUGAUAUUCAACUGUGGUUGUUAUUCUGUGAGACGGACCAUUGGGUUAAUAAUGUUACUAGAACUGAUUUGAUUAAGUUUUAUCAAAGUAACUACAAAGAUAUUUCACGGUUACAGAUUGAAGUUUCGAGUGAGUUUCCUCAUUCUUUCGUUGUGAAUCAUUCCGAUUGGGUCGUAGAGAGGUUCUUCUAG